AUGUCCGGUCUAUGUUGUCUUUGGGCAACUAUCCCGGAGGGACGUGAAGAGUGGUACGAGAACGAAUAUCUACCAUCAAUUAACUCGCCAAAUGCGAAGCAUGGCCUGCAUACCGAGGUCACAGCGAGCGGUAUGGAGGACGAGCCAGUGGGGAAGUUGGAUUCGCCGUGGCCUUAUAUGACUGUGUGGGAGGUAAAUUCCAUCGACCAGUCCAACAAGGACAUGUAUGAUUUAUCAUACCAUCCACCCAGCAGCGAGUUGAUUGGCUCGCUCAAGGAUCUGCGUUUCGACAUCCGAUCAUAUCGAGAGAUCAAGAGUUGGCAACAAGACGAUUGGUCAGGUGACGGUGGUGGUAAGAUCACGGGACAGGAUGAAGCCGGCGAUGACGGACUAAUGUCGCUAGACAUCGAAUACGUCGCAAGCGUAGCGGCAAUGGAAUGGACCGUGGCUGCGGAUAAAGAAGAAGAGGUCAUAAAGUACUACAAGGAUGUCGUCGGUCCUACAAUAUCUAGUUCACCGGACGUACUGCGGUUUCGCCUCUUUCGGAUCGACCAUGCGGCGACCAUGCAGGGUGCAAAGUUCGAGACCAAAGAGAAGGACGAGCUACACACUUACUUUACUCUUGUUGAGCUAGAGUCCGAGCAGUGGCCAUGGGAUGUGGUUGUCGAUCUUGCGGAGGACGAAAGGUGGAAGAAUUACUUCGAGGGGCAGCAAGUCGUGAAAUGGCAGCUCAGUCAUUACUUGUCGAAGAGAGUAUACGGGUUGGAUAAGAAAGACUCUACGCCGAGGUAA